CAUAAACAUUGACACGGCCUUCAAUUACAAAAUUAAUUUCGAGCAGAACAGAACAACUGCGUACAUUUAAAACGUGGAAAACCAAAUUAAAUCUUACAAAAAUGAUGAAAAUAAAUAAAGGAAAUUCUUUGUGAAUAGGCAGUCAAAAAAUUUACGACAAAGUGAGAGUUUUCAAAGCGAAAACCAGCAUUACAAGAAAAUGAAAAAUAUCAAAUAUUGAAUGUGGUUUUUGAUAGUCUUUACGCUUAAUAAUACGACGAAGAAGAAGGUAUACAAUCGGACGGUGUUGGUCGGGGACACAAACUCACUCGCAUGCAAGUGGAUUUCGAAGCGGAGCGAGCAAAUGUUCAGUUGAAAAAAGACGCUUCCCGUGAAUCAUAUCGUCGAACAGUUUUCAGUUUUUCUCGUUUCGUUUAAUUUCAUUUGAAAUCGCAGAGUUCGUCGGAUUGCAUGUGAAACAUAUUGGAAAAUCCCUAAAAAGUAAAAAAUUGAAAACAUUAACUGGUGGUUUUUUGACGGGCAAAAUUACGCAAAUUUAAGCAAAGAUAGAAAGCUGGCAGUUGAGUAAAGCAAAAACGCAUUUUAAGUUGACGAGUAUCAAGUCGAUCUCAAGGUUUCGCUGCAAUUUUUUUGUAUGUGUUCUCAAUGCAAUUUCGCGUGAAUUUCGAUGCAUUUGUGAUGUGAUUGCUGAGUGCAGUGGGAGGUAUCAGAGGAAUCGGGUGUGUUUUCCUUGUUUUCUUUUUCUGGUGACUUAGACACACGGAAAGAAAGAAAGAAAGAAGAGUAAACCAACAGAGCGAACUACUUCUUUUUCAUCAUCCAUCUGUAACCUCAUUGCCUCCAUUCCAUUGUUGUUGGCGUAGUCGUAGUAGUACACACAACACCACGAGACGAGUGUUUGCAAUUCCAACUUUCAAUAAUAAUGGAUACAAUACUUAAAUGGUUAAACAAGCCGAAGGCAGAUGAUAAAUCGUUACUUGCUCGAUUUUUUCAUGCUGAUCGCGCUCUAGCAGCAGUAGCAAGUGAGCUAGACAGUUUCGAUGGCCGAGCUGAACCGGAUCGAUGUUCCCGAUUAGUCUCCCGGCUUCGUCAAGGACAAGAUAAAGUUUUGGCCAUUACAAACCUAAUCAUUGAAGAGCUACUGGGCGAUGAACGUGACCAACGGGCAUUUCGAGCCAAAUUUCCCGAAGAAGUCCUUCAAGAGAAUUUAGCCGGCCAGCUGUGGUUUGGCGCCGAAUGUCUUGCCGCCGGUUCAUCGAUUAUGAAUCGCGAACAAGAAAGCAAAGAAAUGCGCCCCCUGGCCGAGGCGGUAACGCGCAGUCUGAACAAUGUACGCCAUCUGUUGCGCGACCAAUGCUUGCGCAACAAUGUUCCGAAUAGUGAACGCUUAAAUUUGGAUAAAAAUGAUGCUGCCACCGAACAAUUGUACGAGAGUUUGAAACGUUUUGAUCGUUUAUUUGCCGAAUUCGAAUGGCGCUAUGUCAGCGCCAUGGUCCAGGUGAAAUCAAAGGAGGAAUACGAAAUGCAAGAGUUAAUAUGUGUCCUCUGUUCGGAGACCCUACAGAGAGCUUUAAAACUUGGCCUGUUGGAGCAGGAGCAGGUUGAUGCUUUUGAUCCGGCAUUAAUGUUUUCUAUACCGCGGCUGGCAAUUGUUGCCGGCCUAGUCAUAUAUCCCGAUGGUCCUCUGAAUAUGGAUAUGCCAGCUGAGGAAUUAUCGGAAAUGUUUCGACCAUUUCGUAGCCUAUUGAUCAAAGUUCGCGAGUACUUGAGAAAUCUCAAUGAAACGGAACUGUUUUAUUUGGAGCGUUUGCUCUGCACCAAUGAAGAAAUAAGUUUAAAGGACACAUUGAAAGCAAAACAAACAACAUUAGUAGACAAUAAUAAUGAAACCAACACUAGCAAAUAUUGUGGAGUAGCAAAUAGUGAAAAAAUCGACAAGGAAGAUACAGCAUCCUUACAACAAAACAAUACUACCUCCAAACUACAACAACAACAACAGCAACAACAAAAGUCAUGUAAAACGUUUAAGACAAAAAACAACGGUACCACCAAUAGGAGAGCAGACAGUCCCUCGCCCGCACCGUCCACAAGCAGUUCAUCGGAUGAUUGUUCUCCAUAUACAACACCCCUUUCAUCCACACCCUCAUCGCCAAGGUCUACACAUUCGAUGGCCUCCACUACCACUGCCGAGGAAACGAGUGGUGGUACAACAUCUCCAGACAGUUGGAUGGCCAAUGACGAUGUUGAUGUCCAUGAAUAUGACGACCACGACCACGAUGAUGAUGACAUAGAUGCUCACUAUGCUGACGAUGAUGAUUCGGAUAUUAACUGUGAUGACGACGAUAGUGACGAUGAUGAGGAUCACGUCAAUGACGACCACCUAUAUGAUUUGAACAAUGUCGUUGAGCAAAUCAUAAAUUUGGAAAUAGCCUCAGCUGAUUGUGCCUCUGGCUAUUUAAUCUCUAAUACCACAUUGGGUAAUCUUUUGCAGCCCCAAGAGGUGCCUUUAACGGACAAUUUUGUAGUAAGUGAUUCGGAUUUGCCCAAUCAAGAUGAUUACAAUGAUAAUCACGAAGUUGAGAUGCCCUCGACGAGUGUCAGGGCUUUUACUUCCGCUGAACAGACGGAGAGGCAAGAACAACAGCAUUCUAGCAACGAACAAGCAAAUCGAGACAACAACAAUUCAGCAGCUGUUGCCACCAACAGCACUAGUUUAAGUUUACAAGACUCGGAUAUCUCCGUAUCGCUACAAAGUUCACUAAAUCCAUCCAAUUCGUCAACGGUCCAACAACUGGGGCACAGACGUUAUAGCGAUGCACCACAGACAUGCAGCAAUGAUAAUCAACAACCACAACGAACCCAUCAUCGUCAUCACCACCAUCAUCACAGGCAUCAUCAUCACCAUCAUCGUCAUCAUCAGCAUAACAGUUCGACAACGGCAAGUGCAGCGACGGCAUCAUCGGCACCCCAACUAUCAACAGCGACUGCGAACAGUCGGAAACAGCAUCACUCAAACCAAAGUCAUCAUAACUCAUCGACGACAACAUCAGCUUCGUCGUCGUCGACCCAUUGUCGUCGUCAUCAUCACGCUCAUCAUCAGCGUCGUCCGCAUCGACACGGUGGCGACAGGCAUGAGCCAAAUGCCACCGGCCCAUUGCCGUGCGUUGAAUGUUCGACAAGUACGAAUAAACCCAAAGAUGAUGUUACUAUAUCAGAUAGUAAAGCUGCAACAUCAUUGGGUUUGGACAUAGAGACGCCGUCGUCAUCUUCAUCGCUUUUAGAGGAUAAUAAAACUGUGGUCAGAUCUGGAGGACGUAUGAAAUUUAAGAGCACUGAAAAUCUGCUGCAUCGUUUGUUUGUCUCAAUUGCCGGAGUUGCUGAUCAGUUACAAACUAACUUUGCAUUUGAUUUACGUCAAAUAUUGCGCAGUGUGUUCCUAAUCAAUAUGUCGCCGGCCCUAGAAGAGCUCGACAUACCAGAGAAACCGAAAGAGAAUGAACUGUUUGAAUUUCGGGCUUCGGAAAAUGAUGUGAUACAGGAGAGUGCUGGCUCCAGCCAGAGCAUUUACUCGGCUGAAGAAGUUAAUCCUGAAGGUGAUAAUCAAAGUCAGAAUAGUAACAGCAGCAGUAAUAGUGGUAAUAGCAGUGGCAGUUCCAAUGAUAGUAACCGGGUAUAUCGGCAUUCGACGGGUAGCACUGCUGUUGUCUCACCACCAACACAUUCUGCGGCUACGGUAGCCAGUGCCGCACUUCAACGUCAACAAAUUGAACGUAGUCGUAGUCUGGAUAAUCAACAGAUACUACCAAGCACGCACCAAAAUCAAAGCACUCCUCCGCCACCCUCACAACAUUCAGAACAAAAUCACCAAGUGUAUAGGAAUCGUCAUCAUUCAACGGGUAGCAGUACAACACCAUCGUCAUCGGAAAAUAAUUCGCCUGUUUGUGAACGGUCCACAACAGCAACAACAACGGGGACAACGACGGCGACAAAUGGAGGCGGAGGAGUCCAUCGUCGUGUAUCCGAAUCAAAUGCAAAUAGUAUGCCACCACAGCAAACUGCGCCGACAUCAAGGCCGGUUCAUUUGUCGCCACCUGCUUGGAUACCGGAUCAGAAGGCGCCACGUUGUAUGUCUUGUAACACUCCAUUUACUGCAUUUAGACGUCGUCAUCACUGCCGCAAUUGUGGUGGGGUAUUUUGUGGUGUUUGUUCAAAUACCUCGGCCCCGUUGCCCAAAUACGGUCUAACCAAGGCUGUGCGUGUGUGUCGUGCCUGCUAUGUUCACGAGUUAGGGCCCAAUUCAAAUGGUAAUCCCCAAAACCAAUCGCCACAACAUCACCGCCACCAACACCACCAGCCCCACCACCAGUUAGUUAGUCAAACAGCAACAACCAACAACGAACCUUCCCGUUUGCGUCGUCCUGUUACAACUACUAGAGCCUUUGAUUAGUAGAGAAUUUUAUUUGUUUUAUGCUUAUUUAUAUGUUAAUGUGUUGUUUUUUUUUGUUUUCUCGGUUAGGUAGUUUCCCUAUGAAGUUAUAAAGAGGAAGUGUUGAUGGCAAGGAACGGCAAAGUUGCAAAAUUUUAGGGUUCAAUUUCUACGGCUUUUGUCCUUCUGGAUUCAAUGUUUAGUUUUUUUUUUAUCAAAUCUGACAAUUUAUAUUGGUGUAAUAUUUGAGUAGGAACUUUUUAGGUAUUGAUAUAGAGUUAGAUUUUUUUGAACUUAGAAUUGAAAAAUUUGUUUUAUCUUCGAAAUGCUUUUAUUUUUUUCACUGAAAUCUAUUUUAGUAUAAUGAAAACUGAUUUAUUUUAAUUGGCACCUUGUUUUGUUCUGAAUAACCUGUAGAGAUAUAACAAUUUCGCCCUUUUUCGUUAAUAAGUUAUUUGGCCAAGCUGUAAACACCCCUCAUAUUAUCAGAUUAACAUAAUUUUUUAUGAUCCAUCAUAAAUUUUUUAUUUAGAAUCCAGUGGAUUUCCACUUUCAAUACCAUUGUGUGUAUGUCAAAUAAAAUCCGUUGGAUUUUCAUAUUUGACUUAUGUGAGAAAGAGUUGACAGUAAUGCAACUUUUGAAAGAAAGACAGUUUUCAACAAAUUCUUUCAACUUUUGAUUAUUGGUAAGGUCCAGAACUACAAGGAUGUAAAAGUUUUCCCUACGAUUGCUAAUUUUUCCCUUAUUAAGAUGUCAAAAAAAAAAUUGCAAAACUAGUAUAUUCCUGCAGUAUCUGGAAGAGAUCAUCUGUUUUUAUAUCAACAAGCAUUUGGAGUUUAAACUCUGAUAUUCGAUAUCUAAUUAAUUUGUUAUACCAUCAGAAAUUGAUGCUUGGUUUAUUUGUUUAUUAGGCAUUACUCCACGAUUUCCCUGAAGGAUUUUUUAUGUAUUUCAAAUUAAAAGAGUAUCUUGACAGAAGAUAGUAAUUCGUUUUGAUAAAGACAUCCAAUUCGCCAUGUUCCUUUGCCAGUUAGAAGCACUUCCAAACAUAGAAGCAAACAAAAAAAUGGGUUUGGGAUAAAAUAACUAUUUUGUUUAGCUUUAUUAUAAAGUGUUAUAAUUUCUUCAAUAUUGAAUUUGUGUUAAUAUCAUUAUUAUUUGUAUUUUUACUCAAAACACAAUCUCUACCAUCCGAACAUGUUUUUUUUCUCGUUAAGAUUGAACUUCCCUGUACAGUUGCGUUUUUUGUCGGUACCUUUUUUUGUUGGUAGAAGUUUUCCAAUGCCCAAACUAAGAUCUGUUGUAAAUUUUCCAUACAUUUACUUUUUCUUUGUCAAGAAUUUGUAAUAAUUCGUUUUUGUUCUCGUUUUAUUAUUAUUACUAUUAUUAUUAUUGUAUUUACAAAUAUUCUUUUUUUAUAUAAUUAUAGGACAUACACAAUAUGAUAAUGUGUAGUAAAAUGUUUAGUGUAUAUUAUUAGAAAUUGAAAUGAGUAUAUAAUCAUAAUUCAAUGUGAAUAAAUUUACUUUUUUUUACAUAAGACAAUUAGACAAUAACAAAUUUCAAUUUGUUGUAAAACGUAUUCAAUAAUAAAAAUUAAAAAAAAAAAAAUCUAAAAUUAUUUGUUUUAUUUGAUCCUAUUUUUAUAUUUAUCCAGAAAUUAUCUUGAAUUAGAGUUUUAUAAAACUACAUACAUAUUUAGGGAGAGAUGAAAAAUUGCAACCAACUUUAGACUGCUGUCAUUUCUAAGCCACUUGUCCGACAGCUGUUAAAAUUAUUCCAGUGACAGCUCAUUAUAUUGUUUACAAGCGUACAAAAGCAUUUUGGUGAGAAUUUUCCAGAAAAAAAGUUAUUCGUGAUGGAAUUCAAGCGUGAUAGUGUGAUUUCUUUAUAUUUGGCUGGAAAACCACAAGUGGCUAUCAUUAGUGCACUUCAGCAUUUAAAUGUGUAUAAAUCUUUUGUGUCUCGUACCAUAGCUCGUUACCGUGAUAAUGGUCGUCAAGGAAGUGGAUGGCAGAAAACAGCAACAUCAG